AUGAUAAAAUCUAUCUUGUGGAAAGAAUGUCUGACUUGUACCUUCCUGCAUUUUUUAAUCACCCUCCUAGCUUGCUUAACAUUAACGGCAAGAUGUGAUAACACCAUCGUGGCUAAUAUUGAUGGGGAAACUAUCAAAGGCAAAAUAACGUUCAAACAAUCAGCACCUUCAUCAUCCGUUAAUAUAAAAGUGUCAUUAAAUGGCCUAAACUCUACCGCAAGAUGGGGAAUAACAUCAGGUUUCAUCGACAACAAUGGAGAUAAUGAUUGCAGUUCCUCUAACAUUGGCUCUAUUUAUAAUCCUCAUCGGGUUCCAUUAGGAGUUACUUGUGAUAUGCAAAAUCAGCUCACAACAUGUCCAGUCGGUAAUUUAACUAGUAGAUAUGGUUUUAUUCCUACUCAUGGCCAAAUAACAUUUCAAGAUACUUUACUUAAUCUCAGCGGUAAUUUAUCAAUUGCUGGGCGAACUAUGAUCAUUCAGGAUAAUAGUAAAUGGCUCUGUGUUCGUCUGCUUGGGUCCGGUGUAGCAAUUGUGAUGUCUUCUAGAAUGCAUGGUCAGAUUCAGGGUCGAGUUUUGUUUCACCAAGUUCAACCCAUAACAUCAUCAAGUACAUCUAUAACUACAUUAUAUUUGAGUUUAGCGGCACUGCAUUCUUAUGAAAAUAACAGAGUUUACCAAUGGCAAAUUCGAGAUACCUGUAAUUCAUCUGCUGCAUAUGCGCCUAACGGAGAACUUACUAGCAAACAUGCCUAUCUAAGCGUUGAUCCAACAUUAACAAAGAAUAAACUAUUGAUAAAUGAUCGCGAUCUUCCAUUAAAUGGCAGUCGCUCCAUUGAAGGAAAAUAUGUUGUUUUGUUUACUAAUGACAGUAGCAAAACCAUAAAGUCGUGUGGAAUAGUUAAACGAAUUCAUCGGAAGAUUCUCGAAGCCACUGUCAAUAGUCAAGGAGUUACAGGAUCGAUCAGACUUGAACAAAACUCUGAACUCGAUCCUGUUCGCCUUCAUGUAAUGUUAAAUAACUUGAAUGGUCUAGCAACAACGUAUGGUAUUUAUCAGUAUCCAGUAGGACUAAAACUUUCACCUACUGAUAAUCCUUGCCGAAGACUUGGCCAAAUAUAUAAUCCUACUAAUAUGAAUAUAAAUCAACAUUCCGCAAUGAAUCUAUUACCUAUUGGAGAUUUGUCAGGAAAAUUUGGAAAUUUAACCAAUCAAUUAGGAGUUAAUAGCAGUUUCUUGCAUUACCAACUACAAUUAUUUGGCGAAUUUAGUGUUGUUGGACGCUCUAUUGCCAUCCGCUCUUCAUCUGCAAAUAGAGAUUGGAUCUGUUCAACUUUAAAUUACCCUUCUCUACCAUUGAUAAAAGCACAAGUUCGUCUGGUAUUUCCUGUUGUAGGCAAUAUCAUCUUUACACAGUAUCGAGAUGAUCCGUACGCAGAUACUAGUAUAUAUAUCACCAUUUCUCAAUCUGGGCGAGAUUCUCCUUCCGUAAAUCAUAACUGGCACGUUCAUACUCAAGGUUAUUUGACGGAUACAAUGUCAACAAGUGGUCGUUGUACUAGUGCCGCAGGUCAUUAUAACCCCUCCAAUGUUAACAUUUCGGCUAGCGACUAUAAAGCUCGCUGUAAAGCAAAUCCUAUAUUGUGUGAGCUAGGAGAUUUAUCUACACGCCAAGGUGGAAUUAGUAUAGGUGAUCAAGUCAAUCGUUACUAUUAUAAUGAUAUUAAUACACCAUUAAGUGGUAAAAAUUCUAUUCUUGGUCGAUCUGUGGUAGUUCAUGCGAAGCAAUAUGGUGCUGGCCGGAUUUCGUGCGGUAAAAUAAUGGAAAUUGCAGUAGGUCACGCCACGGCUGACUUAAAUCAAUAUGGAAAAAUAAGUUUUCAGCAAGUUGAUCCUGCUGCUAUUACUAUAGUGAACCUAAAUUUAAAGAAUUUAAACUCAGAAGUUAGCGCUAGCUAUAUUGGUAGCACUCCAAAAUGUGAUCCAAUCGACAUUUUUAACCCAUUCCAGAAAGUAUCUUCAGCUAUCGAAGGUAGCACAAAUGAUCAGUAUCCUGUCGGCAAUCUUACUGGUAAACUUGGCAUAAAAUUAAAUCAUGCUUUGGUAUUAAUAGAAAAAUUUCAAGAUACCAAUCUACCAUUGUUUGGUACGGAAAGUGUUAUUGGAAGAUCAGUGGCACUGAUUGGUAUAGCAAAUGAUAAGAUAAAACAGUGUGCGACUUUACAACGUACACAGAUACCGGGUUCGUUUGUCACUAUUCAACAUAAUUGGCAUGUCCAUGAAUCACCGGUUAAUAAUGAUGCUACUGCUAGCCAGGGUCGAUGUGCAAGCACUGAAGGCCAUUACAAUCCCUUCAUGGUUAACGUCACGAAACCUGCAUAUACGCAACAAUGCAAUCGUGGCAAUUAUUUACGUUGUGAGGUUGGCGAUUCGAGUGGUAAAUCCGAACAAAUAAAUAUUACAGAUAACUUUCAGUAUCUGACUACGGACUCUUACCUACCUUUGAGUGGCGUCUAUACAGUUCUUGGGAGAUCAAUUGUAAUCCAUGCUGCAAAUAGUGGCGGGGGCCGGAUUGCUUGUGCUGAUAUUAUCCCUCAAGUUGGGAAUCAUUCUGCUUUAAUCACAUUACCCAAUACUGCAUCCAAAAAAUAUAACACAUUAGCAAAACGUUUUGUUGAAGAUCGUAGUCAAUAUUUAAUAGAUUCAGUUUAA